GUCGUCGUCAUCGCUGCGUCGCCGUCCCCUGCCAUGUCCCCUUCCGAUCGCUAUGCCGAGACCGCCAAAGGCACCGUCCUGGCAACCCCCGCGUCUGCGGCUGCAGCAGAGCCGUCCUCCCGGCCGUCGCUGCUGGGCCGUGUCCUGCUGAUCAGGCUGGUGGUCCUGCUCAUCGCCCUGCUGGCCCCUGCCGUUGUCCCGCCCUACGAUACCAGCGCUCUCUAUCUGGUCCAUGGCGCCCGGGGUGCCUGGGACAGCUGGGUGCGGGCCAGGCUCGUGCCGCUGGCCAGCUGGGAUGCCAUUCACUUUAUCCGCAUCGCCGAGUACGGAUACAUCUACGAAAAGGACUUUGCCUUUCUGCCGGGAUAUCCGCUGCUCAUGAACGCCGGGGCCUUGCUUCUCAGGCCCAUCUUUUCGGGCCUUAUGUCCUGGAAAACGCUGCUAAUGGUUUCAGGCGUGCUCGUCUCGAACCUGUCGUUUGUCUGUGCCGCCAUGGUGCUCUUUGCACUCACUCGCCAGCUCAUGCCGGGCAAUGUCUCGCUCGCCUACGCCGCUACAUUGUGCUUUGCAUUCCUCCCAUGCAGCAUCAUCAUGUCGUCCAUAUACUCGGAGAGCUCCUUCUGUCUGUUCACCUUCACGGGGAUGCUCCUCCUAAGUCGGCGACAGUACCUGCGCGCUGCACUGGUGUGGUCGUUUGCAGGCCUGAUCCGAUCCAACGGGAUACUCUAUGCCGGCUUCUUCAUCUACGAACUGAUCCUUCGACGACGCCCCAAACGGCUGCUGAGCCGAGCAUUCAAUGUUGCACAGGCCAUCUUUUACACCGGCAUCGUCUGGAGCGGCUUUGCUCUGUACCAACUCUAUGGCUUCCAGCUCUUUUGCGCUCCAGAUGCCCCCUCCCGUCCUUGGUGCACUCGCACCGUGCCGCUCAUUUACUCGUUCGUCCAGGAAAAGUACUGGAACAACGGAUUCCUGCGCUACUACGAGCCGGGCCAGAUUGGAAACUUCACCAUGGCCAUGCCCGUGGCCAUACUCUCUGCGGUCGCCAUAUACCAGUACCUGAGCGCCGACAGCAGGCGGCUGUGGUCACUGGGAUACUCGAGCAUCACAAGCGCUGCAAGCGUCACAGGCACCUCAAGCGCCUCAAAUGCCCCAAGCUCGACCAAGAACCGGGCCGGAGCACCGCUGGAGUCCUACGACUCCAUCUUCCCACACAUCGUCCUGUGGCUCGUCAUGCUUGUGUACUGCAUGACCAUGAUGCAUGUCCAGGUGAUCAUCCGCUUCCUGAGCUGCAUGCCAGGUGUUUUCUGGUACGUGGCAGAAUGGAAUCGCACCCGGUUGAUGCUCGGCAAGGUGUAUGUGUGUUACUUUGUGAGCUUUGCCCUCGCCGGUGCUGUCCUCUUCAGCGCAUUUUAUCCGCCGGCAUAACAGCGGCGUCCUGUCGUGUCCUUGGACAUGCGCAACGACCAAUAUACUGCCAUUGCCAU